AUGACCAAUCACUCAUAUACCCAACCUCUCUUCCUCCCGCCUUCAGAUUUCUCAUGCCAUGAGUUAUUUCCCAUUCUCUCUUCCCCUCCAGAUUUCUCUACUCCACUUGCUGCUACAUCACCACUCUCUGACUCACGCAAAUACCAGAGAUUCUCUACAAUCUCUUCACCCAGAGACCAACCCAGAUUCAACGACAGCCCCUCAACCACUGAGUUGGCGUCCUUCACCACUUCUUCAUCUGCUGCUUCUAUGUUAGGUAUAGAGAGAAAUAAUUUGAUCAUACAAGGGAGUCACUUACAGCUGUUUAACAGUCUGAGAUCAGUGGGAGCAGGGCCAAAGAUAUGCAAGACAAUAAAAGGAGUGAUGGUUCCAAUGGAACAGAUCAAAGAUAGGAAGAUGAUGGAUGAGUUUGAGGUGAAGCAACAAUUGGUAGAGAUUAGAACUUCCAAGAGAUCAGAUCACGACCCCCCUAUCCCACAGGCUUGGUCUCUAGUCUUCAUGUGGAGAAAUAAUGAAUGCAAAAACUUGGGGUUGCAAAGGGCAAGAAAUUUUCGAGCCUGA